CCAAAAGAGAGAAAUUGUGAAAAUGAUUCAAUUAAUGUUUUUGUUUUUUAUAACUUCGUUUGCUUUUCCUUUCGAGUCGCAUCUUCACUUCGAAAAUGUAGACCGGAAAAGUAUCUAUGCGAGUAGUGAUAAUCGGGUUUUAAGAAAUUUAGAGGAUGAGAAUGAUUGGGAAUCGUUAAAACCCGUGGAUAUUUUCGAUAGAAGUCUUGGUGAUUACGAUACGAGGGAAUCCCCACCCUUUCAAAAAAUUUGUGAAGUACAAUUUAUUCAAGUUCCUUUUUGGGAUAGAGAUCCUUUGUAUGAAUACAAAAAUUAUCCAAUGUACAACGCCACUUGCGUAUCAUCGGAUGUAACAAACCCUUUGAGUUAUUCGAGACAUUCUCCUCGUAAAGAUUUUUGUAUUAUUAAGCACCAAAAGAUUGCCGAAGAAGAUUAUUUUUGUAAAACCGUUUUUAGAAAAAUUCCUAUUUUGAAGAGAAAACGUGGUAGUUCAUGUUGGUCUUAUGAAAUAGAAAAGUUUGGUGUUGGAUGUAAAUGUCAUAUUGCUAUUAAAUUUGAUUAAUAAAUUA